AUGAAACGGCGACAAAAGAGGAAACAUCUGGAAAUUGAAGAGUCCCAGGAAGCUGAUGAGAAGGAAAGAGGAAUUUCAAAGUUACAAGAGGAUGCCCGUCAGCCUGAAUCCACUGAAGUGGCCGAAGCCCAGAGCCUAGGGGUAGGGGAGGUCUCGUCUGCCUCCAAAUACUUCUCCUGUGUUUCUUCUCCAUACAAGCUCAUCCAUCAUAGUAAGGGAACCCGGAAAUUACAACGAGACAGUCCCAAGCAUAGAUCAGCCUUAGCCCAGGUUCAGGAAGGAGAGGAGACUACUCUCCCCUCACAGCAUGCCUCCUCAUCCUGUCCAUCUUAUAAGACAUGUAUGUCCUCUCUGUGUAUAAACAAAGAGGAAAGGGGAAUGAAAAUAUACUACAUGCAUGUGCAAAUGAGAAAAGGUGUGGCUAUCUCCUGGGAGACAGAGGAAGCCUCAGAGUCCCUAGAAAAGCAGCCAAGGUUGGAAGAAGCCACCCUUCCUGAGGGUGUGUGGGUAGGGACUCCCCCAUCUGAUGUGUCCACCAGAAACCUCCUGUCGGACAGUGAGCCCAGUGGGGAAGAGAAAGAACAUGAGGAAAAGUCAGAGUCAGACAGCCCACCAGGGUCACCCACAGUUGAGGAAAGACCCAGGGCCAAGACACCGGACUGGCUAGUGACCAUGGAGAAUGGAUUCAGGUGCAUGGCCUGCUGCAGGGUCUUUGCCACCAUGGAGAGCCUCCAGGAGCACGUGAAACAUGGGAUCAGGGAGGGCUUCAGCUGCCACGUCUUUCAUCUAACCAUGGCUGAACUGAUAGGCAAUAUGGAAUCAGAAAACACCCAGGAGGAGGAAGAGGACAACAACGAGGAAGAAAAGAAACCCAAAGAAAAGAGUGAGGACCAACGGCCGGCAGAGGAAGACUUUGGUGUGAAGAAACUCUGGAGCCACUGUCCAGGCUGUGUGUUUGAUUCUCCAAAGGACAGAACAACUGAGAUUCCUGGGCCAGAAGAUCCUGGAAGAUGUGGUGGCCUUCUCUUGGGAGAGAGACAAGAAAGGACCAUGGAGACAGCAGCGGCAGCAAACAGAAUGCCAAUAGUGUAA